AUGGAGGUUUGUAAUCUGAUUCUAUGUAUUUGCAUCUUUAUCUGCUGGUUGCCGAUCACACUGCCUAAUGUCUGCAAAGAAAUAUGCUUCGAGCCGUUGGGAAUGGAAAGCAAGAAAAUCAAGGACAACCAAAUAACUGCAUCAUCUGCUUUCAACAAUGACUUCGCCAAAAAUGGACCUCAGCGGGCACGACUGAAUCUGGAGUCGUGGCCCCCCGGAUACAGGGCUAAUCCUAGAGACGCACGAGGUUGCUGGAUCAAGGUUGGUCUCACAAAUAAGAAAAUCAUCACUGGAUUGGCCACGCAAGGAUAUGGAGUUAACUAUUCUACUGAGUGGGUGACAAGUUAUAUUGUCUUGUACAAAUCUAAAGCGGGCGAAAUGCUGCCAUUUAAAACCUUACAAGGGAACACUAAGAAUUUUACUGGAAACAGAGACAGUUCUUCUGUUAAACGUCACGACAUUCCUUUCCCUACUAUGACGUCAGAGAUAAUGAUCCUACCGCAAACGUGGAGCAGUAACAUUGGUUUGCGCCUGGAAUUAUAUGGCUGUGAAUCAGGAUAUUAUUUCCUUGUCUGGCGUAUGUUUGACAGGCGGUAUUUUACUCCAAAUCACGCGGUAACAACUAGCGAUGAAUACAUUAUCGCAAAGGAAGAAACCUUAAAAGAGAUUGAAGAACAUCUCCAAGUGAUUCCAGGAUUUUUGUCAGUUGAUUUUGUGGCUUUCACUCCACAUAGAUCUUGGCUAGGAGAAACAGUACUCACGGCUGGAGCAAAAAUAUUUUGUUUAAAAUCAAGCGAAGAAAACUUGGAGGCCAAACUGAAUAUGGACAUUAGGCAUGGCAAAGCAGUGUUUCGAUUUCCAUUGCGAUGCAAUUGUUCCUAUCCUGAAGUUAUAAUUUCAUUGAAUAAAACGCUUGCUAAUGCAAAGGUGUUGUACACAACUCAAAAUAUUACCAUUCACGCUACAACAAGACGCGGAAAUUGUCACCAGUCGUUAUCUUUCCAGUGGGAGAUUGCUAAAGCUAGUGAUCACGUGAGUGAGUUUGGAAUGUUUAUCUCGCGAGGCAAUGCAUUUGAAAGUAAAUCAGGGAUUCUGAACCUGAGUGGCAGCGAGUUUGGUGAGGGUUUCCUUUACAUCAGAUGUGCUGCAUUCAUUCGUAAUUCGGGAGGUGAACUUGUUUUGGAAACUUAUGACUAUGGAUAUGUUCGUUUGCUUGAUCCGCCUCUGGUGGCACUUAUCAAUGGUCCUACUACGGCCAUAAAAGGAAAUGGAACUGUCGUGUUAGAUGCGUCCAGCUCUCAUGAUCCUCUCAGUAUAAUAAACAACAAUAGCGGCUUAAUCUUCAGCUGGUUUUGUCGAAAAAUGGACGAGAAGCUGAGGAGUUGCUUUGGUCGAUACUCGAAAAGAUUCCACAGCACUCGCUCCAUUUUAAUUGUGGAUGUCGAUUACAUGGACGCUAAUUACACUUACAUGUUUGAAUUAGUUAUCAUGAAGGAUCGGAGAGUAACACGGGCAUUCCACAAUCUAACUGUUACACCACCGUAUGUAAUUUCUUUAAGUUGUGUAAUUAACUGCGGUCGGAAGGUCAGCACAAACAGACGACUGAUCGUGGAGGCAACAUGCAUUGGCCCGUUCUGCGGCCAGGAAAUGAGUUACCGCUGGACAUUGUAUCAAAUCUCGUCAACGGAAAGGGGUGCAUCUUGGCUCAAAGUCCGUAAAUUUCGACGAUAUGUCCUAACUAAUUUAGACAGCAGUAAUAUCCUCUUUUCUGGCUCAAAGAACCCGCUGAAACAAAGCACGCAUUACAAAAUCGUGGCUUCUGUUCGUUUGCGUCACCGAAUGAUAGAGAGAGGUGAAAUGGUUUUCAUCACAAAUACUCCGCCACAUAACCCUUAUGGUGACUUAGGUUGUCAGGCCUACCCUAGGAUGGGAAUUGUUCUUAAAACAGAUUUCAGUAUCACCUGUACUGGAUGGCUUGACGAAGAUCUUCCAUUAACCUACCAGCUGAUAUUUCACUCAUUAGAGGGUACUGUCAUAAUUGCUAAAGGGAAUAUUUCAAAUUUUAAAACUAAGCUACCUCGAGGAAGCCAAUCGGAAAAUUUCGAGGUUAAACUGGAGGAGCAGAUAUUUGAUUCCUUUGGCGACGUAGCUACUGCUGAACUCACAGUCCAGGUGAUGCCACUAACUGAUACCGAGGUCGUCACUGAAGUUACUAAGGCUAUUCACGGACCAAACAGUACAACUGCCGAGUUACUUAAAUCUGGAGACCAGCAAAAGGCGACAUUGACGUCUUACUUUACUCUUACAGCCACUGAUGGGACAGGAAUCUCUCUUGUGGAAAAAAACUCGGUAGUAGAACAUUUUAAUCAAUGGUCUCUCCUGUAUAUUACGGCAAAAGAUGAAGUUUUAAGACACUUGGCUGUAGUUCAGCCUCAAUUACUCCAAGAGGUCACUCAACUUUCAGCAGUGGUUAUCAAAGCAACUCGACAAAGAGAAAAUAUGAGAGUUACCUCUUUGUACGAUGCUGGUACAUUACUCAAAUCGAUGACAAGUCACCUAAAUACAGAGGCGAGUAACAGCAAGGACAUUGAUGAAAUAGAAAUGGUUGGAGGCGCACUAUUGAAUGGAAUGUCCUAUGUUUUUGAUAUUUUGACGAAAAAUAAAGUGACAGACGCAAAACAUAACCAAAUGGCUGAAAGGAUUGAACAGAAUCCACGCUUGAUCGAAGAAUCAGUUGCUCUAGUGGAUAAUCUUGGCACAGCUCUUCUGUCAACUAAAGUUGUUGGCGAGUCAGAACCUAGCGUGUAUGAAACAAAUGCUCUAUCCAUGGUCCUCGACAGACAGACUCCAGCUAUGAUUGUAAGGAAACAUCUUCUUGGAAGAAGUAGUGGAAGUGGUGUGGUGUUUCCUCCACAAGCAGCUCUAAAAUUCCCUAACCAUUCAGUAGAUGUACAGAUGCUUAUAUUUAAAUAUAAUCCGUUUUAUUGGGAUAACACGGCCAAGAAUAUAACAUCAGCGGUUAGAGACCUCAGUAUAAAAAGGAAUGGAACUGAAAUUCAUAUUUCAGACCUUAAGGAGCCAUUUGAACUGUUUAUCCCACUGAAAACACAGUCUGUGAGGAGAACAUUUAACACGUUUUUCGUCAAACCGAGCGAGACAUUUGAAAACAUUCGUUAUCACGAAAUAAGUAUUCCGUCUGAAGAAACAGUUGCUAUUAUUGACAUCGUACCCAGUGGAAACAAUUUAUUAGAGGUUUUCAUCAGCGCUGGAAUAAGGCCUACUCCGGAAAAUUACAGCUUCAAUAGUCAAAUACCUCAUUAUGGAAACUGCGGGAAUUCUGUUAGCGAAACUAUUUUGGACCAGCAAUGUUCACCAUACAGACUUCUGAUAUCAAGCAGCCUGACAGGCAAGACAGGAGUGUACUACAUUGCAAUAUUGGUCCGUAGAAACUACUCUAAUAAAGGAAGAAAGGCGAAAGAAACCGACACAGAAGGGGAUCCCCCAACCACACCGCCGCCAAUACUAAACACUGUCAACUCAGCGUACAGUUUGAAUGACGUCAAUUAUACAAUGUCUGUGUCAAUCAGCAGCUGUUUGUAUUGGUCCAAACAAGAUCGAAAAUGGACAAGCAAGGGUUGUAAGGUUGGCCUCAAAACUAAUCACACGAGCCUCCACUGCCUUUGCACUCAUCUAUCAACAUUUGGUGGAGAAUUUUUUGUCGCCCCAAAUCCUAUCGACUUUGACAAAGUUUGGUUGGAGUUUAAAAACGUGGAAGAAACUGGAAACUUUGUGUUAGCAGCUGUAUUCUCUAUAUACGGCCUAUAUGUUGUAGGUCUGCUGUUAGCCCGCCGAUUCGACUCGAAAGACCAAGAUAAGGUUGUGGCAAAUGUGUUAUUGAGUGAAGACAACCCGCAAGAGGGUCACCAUUACGAGAUACAAAUUCAGACUGGAAUUUGGAAAGGAUUUGGUACAACUGCAACCGUAGGAAUUGACAUCUUUGGGGACGAAGGUAGCAGCGGCCCGAUUAUUUUAUCAGAUUCAUCACUCUACGGGAAAUUAUUUUCUCGUGGAAGUGUAACGAAUUUUGUGGUAUUUCUUCCCUGUAGUUUAGGAAGUUUAGAAAAACUUCUCAUUUGGCAUGACAAUUUUGGCUCAAGUCCAUCCUGGUUUCUUCAACAAGUCAUCAUUACUGAGUCCCACGAAGGAAAAACAUGGUAUUUCUUUGCAAACAAGUGGAUUGCUAUUGAAAGAGGGUCAGGAAACCUUUGCAUUGAACUUAAGGCACGUAAGGAAAAAGAGCGCGCUGGAUUUCGUCAUUUGUUCUUGUCUAAGGCUUCAAGAGGACUUGGAGAUGAUCAUCUUUGGUUGUCAUUGUUUACUCGUCCACCUCACAGUUCCUUUACCCGUUGUCAGCGACUAUCUUGUUGUGUGUCGUUUCUGUUUUUGUCCAUGGUGACAAACGCAAUGUUUUAUCAGUUUUCUGAAAGUCCAUCACAUACGUUUCGCGUGGGACCAAUGGUGCUAAGCUGGAGACAAGUGGUGAUUGGAAUACAAAGUGGACUCAUAGCAAUCCCCGUAAAUGUCCUUCUAAUUACGAUCUUCAGAAACGUAAGGGCGCAUUCUGAAAGUUAUUCUGACCUUGGCACUACUCAGCGAUCGUCUUCUCGUCUACCAGAUUAUUUCGUUUACAUUGCAUGGUUUCUAUGUGCAUUCAUAACCCUAUCAUCUUCAGCAUUUACAGUGUUUUAUGGCCUGUCAUGGGGCAAGGACAUUUCAAAUCAGUGGUUGACAUCGAUCCUUACCUCCUUUUUUGGAGAUAUUGUGCUCACUCAGCCCAUGAAAGUAAUUCUCCUUGCUAUGAUUGUGUCGCUCAGAACGAGAUCGCUUCCGGAAAAAGAAGAGGUGUAUGGGAUGACUGCUUAUAUAAACCGAAAACAAGAAUAUAACGCUCCAAACAAUCACGACCUAAACAGGGCUAGAGCGGAUGGAAGAAAAUUCUUUAGAAUGUGGAGGAUGAUUAAAGAUUUGCUGGUGUUCCUCGUAUUUGUCCAUGUCCUCAUGGUUGUUUGUUACAGCAAUAGAGAUUAUAAGCGAUACCUGGUGACUGCUUCGGUAGAGGAAAAGCUCACUGGUUUUAAUGAGGUGACAGACAAGAAUUCGUUUUGGAUUUGGAUAAGAAAUAAGUUGGUUCCUGGACUCUAUAAUGUCUCUUGGUAUAACAAACACCCCUUUGCUUAUGAAGAAGGAUUUAUUAGCAACAAAGCAGCUUUCCUUAUGGGAAUGCCGCGACUCAGGCAAAUCCGUUUUAAGGAAGAAAUCAACAUCCAUUGCAAGUUUUUCCGUGUGACUGGUGCAAAAGAACGCGUGUUAAAAAAUUGUUCGCCUUACCAAUCCACAGCCAGCGAAGACAAAAAUGCUUUCUACCAGCCAGGAUGGAUUCCUGUCGAUAAUCACACACUCUAUUCUGAAAACUCUUUACUUUCUCAACUUUGUCCGAAGCCUUGGAGAUACAAGUCUCCGCAGACAUUACAAACUCUCCCUUACCAAGGAUAUUUUAGAACGUAUGAUGGUGGAGGAUACGUGGCCUAUCUUGGAUACAAUGAAAUAUCGGCUUUGGAGAUAAUCGACAAUCUCCAAAACAAUAACUGGCUUGAUGAGUCCACUGCCGCGGUUUUCAUCGAGUUCUCUGUCCAUGAACCAUCCAGUAGACUGUUUAGCUUCGCCAGGUAUUUUUACGAGAGGUUACCCACCGGUGGAAGUGUAACCUCUCGUGACGUGCAGACAUGGACUCUUUACCGAGCUUCCAGUAGCUUUUACGCUGUAUACGAACUCCUGUUCGUCAUAUUGUCCCUUUUGAUCAUAUUAUCAGAAGUCAAAGAAUUCGUAAGUGAAGGAAAAGCUUAUCUUGUUUGUAUCUGGAACUGGAUCAGGAUUUUUCAAAUAUUAUUUUCGGUUUCUGCGGCAGUACUGGUCGUGUUAAGGGCGAAUGAAACAAGUCUCUAUGUAAAGAGGAUAAAAACAAAUCCGUUUGACCAUUCCAGUCCAGACCAUGUGGUCCAGCUUUGUAAUGUCGAGAAUUAUUUACUAGCUAUAUUAAUUUUUCUUUCUACGCUCCAUUUACUGAAGCUGCUGAAACUUAAUCCUCAAAUCUGGCAAAUGACGAAGACGUUAAGAGGAUCUUGGAGAUCACUUGUAUCAUUUGCGGCGUUACUCACCACCUCGCUAAUGGCCUUCUCCUGUGCUGGAUUUCUUGCUUUUGGCUUCGAAAUAAUGUCAUUUUCAUCCUUCUAUCAGGCCCUUGUUACUGUUCUUCAAUUGUGUAUAGGUGGGAACGUAAACCUCACUGAUGUCAAAAUGCAGUACCAAGUACUUGGUUCAUUAUAUAUUUUUACGCUCGUCAUUUGGAUGGGACUACUUUUGGUCAAUUUCGUCAUCGUUAUUAUAGUGGAGUAUUACAGAGAAGUCAGAACAAAUGCAACGUCUCCUUACGCGUCGUUAACUGAAUUUAUGUGCAAUUAUUUCUCAGCGAAGUUAACCAGGUUACUUAAAUGGAAUGUGAAAAGGCGAGGAUUCAAACUCCCUAACGACGCCUACAGGAAGGAACUUUGGCUAAGGGAGUUCGGUGCGGUGUCACAAGAUUUACACACCUCACUUCAAAGUCUUGAUCUAGAGUCAAGAUCAACUUUAUCUUUACAGAACUUUGAUAAUUUCCACAGUUACGCAAAUUGCCAAGGGCUCUUUAAAUCUAUUUCCAUAGUAAACGAAAACAAAGAACUGCUUUUGAACGAUGAAGAUGGGGAAACCACGCGAUAUUGGAAUACAGGCGAAGAGGAUAUUGCCGUUUCCCAGAGUUUAUCAUUAUCUCCGAUGACACCUUCUUCAAACGAUACCCAACAUGAUUUGAAAAGGGUAUUUAAAAUACGCCUAAUUUUGAAACUGUGUUAUUUUGAAUGCUCAUACGACCUUAGUGAGUUAGAGGUCGAACGUUUUAAAUCCAACAUUGUCGAAAUAGCCCUGGAACUAAAGAGGAUGCUGGCUUACUUGAGGAAAGUGCCAGCGUAACUUUUACACAGUUUUCUUAGUACUUUUCAAUGGGGUAUAGCAAAAAUGUAAAAUGAAAUUUAGGGUCUUCGGUUCCAAAUUCUUUGCUGCUAUCAAGUACAAAACUACCAACCCUUUGAUCAACAAUGUCAGUUUAGAAAAGGAAAGUUCUCUUCUUUUUAAGACUUGAUGCACGAAAAACCCAACUGUUAUCAUAGUCUGCUAGAAAUGCUUAGGGAUGAAAUUUGAACACAGACUUUACAUUGGGAAAUUUCAACUUUAAAUUUUUUUCUUUCUACUGCUAAGGCGCAUGAAAAAUUUUCGCAUAGUCUAUGGACCUCAAAGACGUUGAAAAUGAAAAUCUUUGCAUGCUCAUCGCAGUGUCAACUCGUAAUACCUAAUUCAUGAAUUGUCUGCCAUGUAGCUUCCAACUACAUACCUCGAUAAUUAGAAAAUGUGAAAAUAUCGCAUUUUUCGGCCUAAAUAACGCCGGAAUGCUUUCACAAAAAAUUGGACAUUCAAUUUAUAUUGAGAAUUCAGCCACUUAGAACAGCAAAACUUUGGUCCGGUUUCCUGACGGAUUUGGACCUCCCUAGAUUGGGGCCCUCGUUCCAUACCCUCCAAAAAAUUUGGACCCCUAGUUUUGUCGACGCUCCUUUAAGAAUUCCUAAAUAAUGAUGAGUAAUGAAAACACAAGGAUUUUUUUCAUUAGAGUUUUUUUCUAUCUAACAAUAUUGUAUUUAUGGUCUUUUUAUACCUUGUAUUAUCUUGUCUUUUUCCGUGAAUCGCGAUUAUAAAGAUGGUAAGA